CUAAAAACUCAGUGUUUGAAAAGUCUUCAAUUCAGAAAAUUAAUUCAGAUCUUUUAAAUAGCCUGGUUCCCAACCUUUUUGACUUUUGAUACUUUAUAGUCAAGCAAUGCCUACAUGCCUUCAUCACGCGUUUGAUACAUCUAUGGACUGUGAGGCUGCCAUCCAGAUGUCGCUGUUCAAGACUUCACAUUUCUGCCUGCUGGUCCUACCAGUGAUGUCGCUGUUGCUGUUCUUCUCUCCUAUAGGUUGGAGCUACGAUGGCCUUACCCCAGGUUGUCACCUACACCCCUUCAAUGUGACCAUCCGCAGUGACCGUCGCGGCACAUGUAAAGGCACCCACCUGGUCUACGCCUGCGUCGGCUACUGCGAGUCCAGCGCGUUUCCAUCCAGAUACUCUGUGUUGGUGGCCUCCAACUUCACCCACAACAUCACCUCCGCCUCACGAUGCUGCACCAUCAGCAGGGAUGCUAAGGUCAAAGUUCGCCUGGACUGUCCUCGAGGUCGUCACCAUGACGAAAUAGAGAUCCUGACAGCGAAGGCGUGUCGCUGCGAUAUGUGCCGCAAGUCCCGCUACUGACACAUCAAGACUGUAUGCUGCAUACCAAAUGUACACAGAAUAACAACCAAAUUUGAUCAGUUAAACGGUACACACUCUGGUAAAUGAUUAAAAUACAAGACUUUCAGUGAUGCAACAGUAACUAUCCUUUUUCUAUCUAUAUUGACUUGUUUUGAUUGCUGGAGCAAAUACACUUUAACUUAUUUAACUGAAAAAGAUUCAGCUUUCGGCAAAGUUGCUGUCUAAACCAGGAUUUUCUCCAUGUUUUUUUUAAAAGAAAGUAAGAAAAGUGGACAGAAAAUGAUCAAAACAUGGCCUGGUCUCCAAAAAAAUUACUUUGCCAUACAACAGAACUCUAUCGUCAGUGUGAAACACAUUUUCUCCUGGAUUAUACAUAUAAAAAAUAUGUUUCUCAAACUCCACAAACAACCACUUCUGUGAAACCAGAAGUCAAUAUUGAGUCAUUUUAAUUUAUGUGCACAAGUUAACUUAUAUUAUGUACUUAAUUUACACCGCAUACAAAACAUAUGUUAACAUACUUAACUUAACUUAUUCAAACCCAAACUACAACCUUUUCCUAAACCAAACCAAGUUUUGUUUCAAUUCACAACAUUAACCAUGUGUUACAUAAUGAGAAUGAAUUUUGUUGUAUGGGAAUGUAUCUUUUAUGUUACAGGGUUGAAAAUUAAUCGACAUUCAUUCAGGCAGAGUAACACCUACUCACCCACUUAGACUCACCUUAAAAUGGGAAAGUCACUCUUUUUGAUGUCUGUAAAGAUCUGCAUGUGUGUGUGUUUAUGUGUUUUGUGUGUGUGUGUG